AAUAGAGAGCAAGAGAGCGUGAAGCUGUUGGCACAGAGUAGUUUUUUGCUAGUUUGGCUUUCGGGAUUGAAACAGAGCAAAUAUAGAAACGAAGAAGAAAGAAAGAGAAGCAAAGAAAACAUGCCCUUAUAAAUUUUGUUUAUCCCAAAGGAAUAACUGGAGGAGAAACUGAUCUCUGGGAUGUGAAGGGUUUUUGUAUGAACCAAGAGAGAACCACAAGAAGGACCUGGAACCUGCAGCUACCUGUGACCCAGCAGCUCUGAGGUCAAGUGGCUUUGACCACUGCUUUAGGACCAACUCGCUGAUGCUUCACUGUCAGUUAAAGGAGGUUAUGAACCAAACCUAACGCAGACUUAUAAGAGAGACAUCUAAUUUGCCUUGCUUAAAAUUUUUUGCAACUACACGAAGUUUGGUGCAAAUAGCGCUGGUGGACACCUUUAGUCUGCAGCAUCAACGAACUCAGUUCAGCAACUUUUGAUAACAAACCUCAACAGCAAGCACCUUGCUUUGAGGAAGCCUCCACAGGACUGACCAAUAGCUACUGCAGCGAAGAUGACAUUUGCGAUGCUGCGCACAGCGCCUCCCGCAGGUCGCUUCUUGUACGGCGACAUCGCCCUCCUCUCUGAAGACGAAGACGAGAACGGCAGCGAGGGGUCGGGCUCCGAGGAUCGCACCACCAACUCCUCCAACUCGGCCGCCUUCCGCCUGUCCUCCUCGUCCCCAUCUGCCUUUCACAUCAAGGUGAACAGGAAGAGGAAGCUGUGCGCGGGCAUAGGGGGUGGAGGGGUAGUAGGCGUUGGGGGCAUGGUGGGGAGGCUGGGCCCCCCAGGCUCAUCUCCCCCUGGGGAAAUUCGUCAGAGGACCGCAGCCAACGCACGGGAGAGAGAUCGCACCAAUUCUGUCAACACGGCGUUCACAGCGCUGCGCACACUCAUCCCCACCGAGCCUGCAGACAGGAAGCUAUCAAAGAUCGAGACGCUACGUUUGGCCAGCAGCUACAUCAGCCAUCUGGGGAACGUGUUGCUUCUGGGCGAAGGGCUUCACGACGGACAGCCGUGCCACGCUCCCUCACCGCCGUUCUUCCACGUCAGCUCCUCCCCCGGCCGAGGAUCCGACCAAUCAGCUCAGCCCAAGCACAUCUGUACUUUCUGCCUCAGCAACCAGAGAAAAAUGAACAAAGACAGAGACAGGAAGACGGCCAUCAGAAGCUAACAAUGAGGACGCAAACCGCACGGAUAAAAUGCUCAUCGCUUCCAUCACAGUGCCUUUCGGUGAUUUUACGAUCGCUGCAACUUGAAGACAAACCAGACGUGCGAUGCAUUUCAGAGACUUUCCAAGGACUUCGAUAGCACUUCCAGGACUUUGCAAGGAACUUUUUGAUUACUUUUUGUAUCGCUUUUACAUGAAUUUUUUAUUUUAUUUUCUAAGAGUUUUCAGAAGUUCAACAGUACUUUCAAAGAGCUUUCACAUGCUUAUCAAGACCAUCAUGAACCUUUCAGCAACACUUAUAAGAGACUUUUUACUGUAUUGUUCAGCGACUCUUUGCUCCGGAGUCUAAAGAACUUAUGGCACAUGAUCGGAAAACACACAAAACCCACUAAUUUGUAUUCAUCCAAAGCUGUGUGUUAUUAUUGUGUAAACUGAAAUAUAAAUGUAUAUUUAUGUGACAUAACAUUAUAUAAUGAAACUAUGUUAUUUAACAGGCAUAUGGCAUUUUUUGACAAACGAUGUGCAUUGUUUUAUGGUACAAACGUUGUCUGUUGACAGUUUAUGGCAUUCCAAAAAAAAUAAUAAUAUGCUGGAACUCUUUGGUUUGGUAUUGGUUAUUUCUGAUAAUCAUUUCUGAAAGUGGAAAAUAACUCAAGAUGACCAAUAAAUUGUUUGUAUAUCUGGAAGUAAAUUUCAUUCAUAUGUUGUUGUUUUUUUUCCAGCAGAUUGUACUCUCAAAUCCUGUCCUAAUCUUUGCCAGUUCCAUCCAAUAAACAUUAUAAAAGUU